GCUGGCAGACGAGGGAAGGGAGCUACAAAGAAAGAUAGGAGGAGAGGGGAGGGCGGAGAGAAAGCGCGAGAUGUGACCGAAAGGUCUGAGGAGAAGCAUCGACCAUGCACGAACCAGACGACGGACAAGGAAGGAUUGGUGGUGGACAGUGGUUGUAGAAUUCAUAGCGUGCGCGCGCGUGCGUGUGUGUGAGUGUCGUGUCGUGUGUGUGUGUGCUGCUGGGGGCGAUUUUGCCGGGACUGUGUCACAGUGAGCGAGAAGGAACAGCGGUGUAGGUCAUGGCUUGGAUUGAAUUGUGUUUAGGGUGAGGUUCGUGUAGCCCCAUGAGUGGCCAGAGCUAGCAUGGGGCGCAAUACUGAAGGCACAGGAUCGAGGCUCGCUGCGGGACCAUGCCGGUAAACCUGCCUUUGUAUCCUCAUGUGAAAAUAGACACAGAUGCCCAGAAGUUGUUGGUGGCACUUCCCACUCUUGAGUCUCGGCUGCCAAACAAGGAGCCAGAGAUUCACUACCUUCGGAGGUUUUUACGUAACAGAAAUUUGCACCUUGUACUCAGGAUUUAUCGUCAAUUCAAAGCUCAGGCAGGCAGCAGAAAACCAGCGGCAGAUUUUGCCGUUUCUCAGGCAGCAGAUGUGUACUGUGAGAUCCGCUACCGUAUAGAGGAUGCCGAGGUGCGCGAGUUGCUGGGCCUGCUGUCAAAGCCCCAUGUGCAGGCGCUACUGUUUUGCCACGACAAAGUUGCGUGUGAAGAUUAUGAGCCCAGGUUCGACCCUGUACCUCCAGGGACAGGGGAAGAUGGAACAAUUGUCAAGAUUGUGCGGCUUAUCAAAAACAACGAACCUUUGGGCGCCACUAUCUACCUCAACGAGCACACGGGCUGUGUGGAGAUAGCACGAGUUUUGCAUGGUGGAGCGGCUCACAGGAGCGGUCUGCUGGCAGCUGGGGAUGAGGUGCAUGAGAUCAAUGGGGAGUCCGUGAAAGGUUUAGAGCCAGACAGGAUUGUGGAAAUGUUGUCUGAAGUCUCAGGGUCUGUGACUCUCAAGUUGGUGCCCUGUAUGAAGACAAAUGUUGGACGCAAAACAAAGUUGAAGAUGCGAUGCCUUUUUACCUUUGACCCUGACACAGAUGAGCAUAUCCCGUGUAGGGAGGCUGGUUUGGCUUUCAAGAUGGGUGACAUUUUAGAGAUUGUCAGUGAUGAAGACCCGACCUGGUGGCAGGCGCAGCGGUUUCCAUCAUCAGAGACAGCUCCAGGGCCCGGUGCAGUGAUGUCCCCCGCUGGUCUUGUGCCCAGCAGACACUAUCAGGAGAGUGUGGAAGUGAUGAGACGAGUCAAGCUCAGGGAAGCCAAACAUCCACCUCUGGUCUGUCCAUUUUUUUUAGGUUCCAUUAGUCCCUGUCGUUAUAGUCCCAAGAUCCCCAGGCAGAAACGUCUGAGGAAGACUAUGUACCACAUCGUGCAGAGCGGAGUGUUUUCUGAGUAUGACACUGAUGAAAUCCCCACCUAUGAAGAGGUUGAGUUAUACCGUCCUAUUCAUCCACUCAAGAUAUUCCGCCCCAUUAUAUUUAUUGGUCCACCUGGUGUUGGCAGGAAUGAGCUGAAACGUCGCCUAAAGGCAAGCAACCCACAACAUUUUGAAGAAGUUGUUCCAUACACAAGCAGAGAGAAGAGACCACAUGAAGAAGACGGAAAGGAGUACAACUUCCUGAGUCGUGAAGAGAUGGAAAGUCAGAUUAUUUCUCAGAAAUUUGUUGAAUAUGGUGAAUAUAAAAACAACCUGUACGGAACAAGCCUGGACUCUAUCAAGUCUGUCAUACAGCGGGGCAAGGUUUGCUUGCUGGCGCCACAUACUCAGGCACUGAAGUUUAUACGCACACCAGAGCUACGCCCUUACAUCAUCUUCAUCAAAUCACCCUCUCUUGACCGCAUGAAAGUGACCCGGACAGAAAGACGUGCUCGGAGCACUUCCGGGGAUGCCACGCCCCCUCUCUCUGUAAGUGAGGGCAGACAAAUGUCAUUUGAACGGAGAGAUUCAAAUUUGCAGGCUGAAGAAAUGAGGGACAUCGUGGAGAUGUCUUCCAAGAUGGAGGACCGUUAUCGUCAUCUUUUCGACAGUGUCAUCAUCAACGACGACUUAGAGACGGCAGCAACAGAGCUUUUGGGACUAGCAGCUCGCUUGGAGAGAGAGCCUCAGUGGGUGCCGGUAGGCUGGGCCUACAGCUAGUGCACUCACACCUGCACAAGCAUGUCCCAGAUAUAAACUGGAAGGCUUCAACAGAUUUCAUCUGUCGAGUUCUGAUGACAUCUGACUGAGGCAGUGCCAUGCAUACGAAGCCAGUCCUGUUUUGCAAUUCUAUCAGCACAGCCUUUCCAAUAGGGCAAUAUCACUCCGGUACUUGCAGCAAUUUACUUAUAUCUCUGCCUGCAUAUUUCUACAGGGCUUUUGCCCUCAAAACCUGGUGAAUGUGGUUCAAUGCUCACAGCAGGAUAAUGUGAAUAAAACUAACAUGUCUGUGUGUUAAUUUCAAAUUGAUUUAUUGUGAAUAAUUUAUUUGAAUUCCUGUUGUAUGAAGAUUAGUGUUCAUCAUCUUGCAGCAGGUCAUCUGUAAAUAAAUUCACAGAACGGGAUGUUUUUUUCCUUGAUUGAAAAGAGCUUCUGUCAUUAUUUUCCUGAUUUGUACAAAGAUGAAUUUUAUAUUGCAUGGUCCUGGGGUCUUAACUAUUUAUGAUGACUUUCAUGGUUUUGCGGUCAUUUUUGUUGAUCAUUGAUCAGCGACUGUUUGUAAGCUCAGUCAGCAGAUGUUUUAUCAUUUUCACAGGAUAUCUGUGUAACUGCUCUAAUGUUCUGUAUGUGUGAUAGAAGAAUGGACGCACCAUAUAUAUAUAUAGUUCAAGAUUUCGGGGACAGGUUGCUGUGAAUAGUUUUUAAGUUGGGUUGUGAAAUCGUACACAUCUCUUUCUUUGGAGUCAAAAUAGAAAUUUUAAGAUUUGUGCAAUGCGUGACUAUCUUUGCAGACCCGUCCUUGCUUCAAAUAACACUUUCUCUUUCUUUGCCUCUGUUACCUACUUUGUCUAGACUCAUUCGCUUUGAGUCAUUUCGAAGAAUGUAGAACUGUAUCUUGGAUUGAAAAGUCAAGUGUUAAGUUUUUUCUGGAGUAUAGUCAUUUUAUUUAUAUACCAGCCAGUGGAAAAAAGGUAUACAUCUCUUUUCUCAAAAAGUGGAAAAAGGUACAAAUGUGCAAAACCUACCAUCCUUGACCAUUUUGUUAUGCUCAUGCUUACUUCCCAGAUUGAGAUAAAUGACUUAAAUUUUGGUAUGAAAUGUGAUAGGGUUUGUUUUUAUAAAUGAGCCAUAGAAACUUUCUACCAAUGUAGGCUCUGACAUUAAAUAUUCUCACACAAUUUUUGUGAUUAAAUACAUAAAAGGGCCUGUGUCAAAAUAUACCUUCAAAAAUACAUUUAUAGCAUAAAAUACACACAAAGCCUUGUAAAUAUCUGUAGAUUAAAGAGUAACGAAUCAUUUCUAUAAAAUGAAAAUCAAUUUCCAACCUUUAUUGCCCUGUAUGUCAGUUUGAGCAAAUAGGUCUUGUACUAACUUUUUCCUGGCAUGCACACAAAUUAUGAUUACGGGAUAUUUAUCUGGACUUUUUGGAAUAUUUCCUUUGGAAAACUAUCCUGUCAAAACAGUCUUUUCAUAAUUAAAGGAAUUGAGAAAAGUGAAAGAAAUAGGCUGCCAUUUUGUUGUUGAGGAUAUUUUGUGUUCAUUUUUAGGUGAAGCCGCAGGCUUAACACAUGUGAGAAGAUUCCUCUGCAUGUUUCUAGUAAGGGUGAUCCUUGCGCUCAUUUUGAAAGUGUCCUACUGACUUCAUGUUUUCUCUGAACAUUUAGAUCAUUGGCAUAUUGUCUCAUUUGAUAUGUGAAAAGUGAUAUGCAAAGGAACUUACUUUUAUUUAAAUUUUGUAAGUUGUGAUUUUUCAACUUUAAAAUGAACGUCUAUUCCCACUUUCUGAGCUCCCUCUUCUAUUUUUCUUUUUUGUCACACUUCUUUACUCUAGUCACAGCUUUGCUGAAGUGAUUAAACACUUUUCAACUCUUUAUUGUGCUUCAUAUCUCAAUGUGUGGUCAUUUUGGCUUCAUGUGGUCCUGCUGCUGGCAAAUGUUUGCUCUUCCCAUGAAGAGUUAAGCCUUGACUACCACAAACUAGAUGUUUCCCUGACCAAGCAGCAAUGGUAUAGUUGCCUUCUGUGUGAAAAGAUAAUGGAUAUUGACUCUGAGUAUAGAAGAAUGCAGUCUAGCACAUACAUAGUGAACAUGCACCUACCGAUAAAUACACAUGGCAAAUGGAUUUUCACAAUUUUGUUCUUAUAUAUUCUUUAUAUUCAAAACAUAUAGAAGAACUAAUGAUUGGUACAAAAUAAAAGAUCUGGGUUCAGUGAGGGAAGAUUUAAUUGGAGAGAGAAAAAGAGAGAGAGAGAGAGAGAGAGAGAGAGAGAGAGAGAGAGAGAGAGAGAGAGAGAGAGAGAUUGUUUGUUUAAACAGUUUUAACUGUGGUAAUAAUAUUCAAAACCACAUUUUUUAUUGAAUAAUGACAGUUUCAACUUGCAUCUUGUGUUCUUACAUUUUUUUCCAAGCCCAACCUUACCUGUUCAAAGACUAACACUUUACAUUUCUGAGCUGAGUAAGCACUGCAUCCACUGCUCCUCCCCUAGACCUUUGUAAAGUCUGUUUGGCUACUUUUUUAAGGUGAAGUAGGCUACUCUGAGAUUAUGGUUUACAGAGAGAGGAUCAUCACCAGUUAUAAUGUAAGGGGAGCAGCUAGAAAAUAUAAUUCGUGCAAAGUCUAGUCAAAUGCUUUUAAUGUAAAAAGUGCCUUUGUCUUAGGGUCACCUAGCAGGCAGCACGUGUCCAGAGUCACUCUUGCAAUAUGCUCCAGAAGUUCUACUACAUCCAAAUGACGUCGAUUGUUUUAUGGGGAUUUUUCGUUAUAAUUUUUUUUGUGGUUGGUUUUUUUUUUCUUUUUCUUUUGCUUGGGAGUUUUGAGGGUUUAGAGAGGUUAAAAAACACUGUUGAUAACUUAGCCUACAGUGAUAGUUCAUGUCUUGUUAGAAAAAAACACGAUUACUUCCAUGUAUUAUCAGCCUUUGUGAAAUGAUGUUGUUUUCUUGUUUGAGAUUUGUUUUGUUGUUGUUGUUGUUAAUCCAGCAGCCCAUGGGCUCUCACCAUUCCGCCCAAUGCUAAAUUGUAGUCUUUUUUGUUUAAGUGUUGUGAUUUUGUUUUAGCUUCCUAAUGUUGUUGCUCAACCAGUAACACCCGGUCGCCUCAGGGCAAGUAUCCACCGGCUUGUAUAUCAAAUGUACACACAGCCAAAAUAUAUCACUUGUCAAAACUUAACCAAAAGAGAGAAUGAACAACUUUAUAAAUGAACUUGGUUUUUAUGAAUAAUUUCUAAUUACUGUAGUUUAAAGUAUGCUUUUUAAAUGUGAAUCAGGUCUGUUUGUGAUGAAAUACUUAGAUUUAAACAAAUGAUUUUCAUAAGUCUUCCUCCUCCCCUUAAAACAAAAGUCAAGCACAGAUUUGAACUGCAAUAUUGUCAUUGGGUCAAUCCCAUUUAGCGCCGUGGAAAUUUGAUUGUCUGCUCUCUCUUACUUGGGCUCAAAAAGUAUUUGAGAAGAUUUUGUUUUAAGAAAAGAGUUGUUUACUCUGUGGCAGAGCAGAAUGUGAGCAAUAUGUUGCAGGGCAGAAUAUGAGCAAUAUGUUGAGAGAAAAAGUUAGUGCGUCCGCUCUGUAUUAACGUAAGAAAGCAGUUUGGCAGAUUUAUGUUUCUGUUAUGACUGUUUCUGAAUAACUGUCAUUUGUGUGCAUGAAGGCAAAGGUCAUGGUUACUGACUUACUGAAAUGAAUGAAUUUCUCAUGAUAUGUGUACCAAUGUCUCUCCAAUGGACUCAGUCAUAGCGGCAGAUUAGUUUUUAAUGGAAUGUGUGUCUUGUAAUCAAAUGUUGUGUUUGUUUUGGCUUCACUCUUUGCAUGGGGAGGGAGUUCAGAAUAAAAUCUUCAAAUUUUA